GCUAUAUCAGAAAUAAUCCCUCAAGUCCAUUUUCAAAAAAAGUACACAAAAAGUUUGGCAUUUACAGAGAGAUUUUCAAGAAUCUCCUCCCCUCUUGUGAUCCUAUCUGCUUUGCUCUUUUUUUGACACCAGACCAGCUUUUCGAAACUACCCAUUUCGUUUUAGUCCCUGUUAGUGAUAGCUCUGUUGGGAAAUUUAGGAGUAAAGUUUUAGUUUCUUGCUUUAAAUGAGCUACCAAGAUAGGGUUUCUGGUGAUGUGGGUUUUUAUGGGUGAUACUUUUGUCAAGAUUGAUGGAAAGAAAAACUGGGUUUUGGCUUCUUCUGUGGAUGGUCCUGGUGGUGCCCCCUUUUUCAAGGAUCUCUGCCAAUAUGGAAGGUGAUGCAUUGCAUAACCUCCGAGCAAAUUUACAGGAUCCUAACAACGUCCUGCAGAGCUGGGACCCUACCCUUGUUAAUCCCUGUACAUGGUUUCAUGUUACAUGUAAUAAUGAAAAUAGUGUUAUUAGAGUUGACCUUGGAAAUGCAGCACUAUCUGGCCAAUUGGUUCCACAGCUUGGCCAGCUUAAGAAUUUACAAUACUUGGAACUCUAUGGCAACAACAUUAGUGGACCAAUUCCUAGUGAUAUUGGGAAUCUAACAAACUUGGUGAGCUUGGAUCUUUACUUGAACAGUUUCACUGGUCCUAUUCCAGACACACUGGGCAAACUGACAAAACUGCGUUUCCUUCGACUCAACAACAAUAGCCUGUCAGGUUCAAUUCCUAUCUCCUUGAUUAAUAUUACUGCCCUGCAAGUCUUGGACUUAUCAAACAAUCGCCUAUCAGGGCCUGUACCAGAUAAUGGAUCCUUUUCACUAUUUACUCCCAUAAGUUUUGCAAAUAACUUGGAUCUAUGUGGGCCGGUUACUGGAAAGCCUUGCCCUGGAUCUCCUCCGUUUUCUCCGCCGCCUCCCUUUGUUCCAACACCAACUGCUCCUUAUCCUGGAGAAAGUAAUCCCACUGGAGCAAUUGCUGCCGGAGUGGCUGUUGGUGCUGCUUUACUUUUUGCUGCUCCUGCUAUUUGGUUUGCAUAUUGGAAGCGAAGGCAGCCGCCUGAACUUUUCUUUGAUGUACCUGGCGAAGAGGAUCCUGAGGUCCACUUGGGACAGCUUAAAAGGUUUUCUUUGCGGGAACUGCAAGUUGCAACAGACGGUUUUAGCAACAAGAACAUCCUGGGCAGAGGUGGAUUUGGUAAGGUGUAUAAGGGAAGGUUGGCUGAUGGCACUCUGGUGGCUGUAAAAAGACUUAAAGAGGAGCGGACACCAGGCGGGGAAUUGCAAUUUCAAACAGAGGUGGAAAUGAUCAGCAUGGCGGUGCAUAGGAAUCUUCUAAGAUUGCGUGGUUUUUGCAUGACACCAACUGAGCGACUGCUUGUUUAUCCAUACAUGGCUAAUGGAAGUGUUGCAUCAUGUCUAAGAGAACGUCCACCGUUGGAACCUCCUCUUGAUUGGCCAACAAGGAAGAGAAUUGCAUUGGGUUCUGCAAGGGGCCUUUCUUAUUUACAUGAUCAUUGUGAUCCAAAAAUUAUUCAUCGUGAUGUGAAAGCUGCAAAUAUACUGUUGGAUGAAGAGUUUGAGGCUGUUGUUGGUGAUUUUGGGCUGGCUAAGCUAAUGGACUACAAAGAUACCCAUGUAACAACUGCAGUGCGUGGGACCAUUGGGCAUAUAGCUCCAGAAUAUCUAUCUACUGGAAAAUCAUCUGAGAAAACUGAUGUUUUUGGUUAUGGAAUCAUGCUUUUAGAGCUGAUUACUGGACAGAGAGCGUUCGAUCUGGCAAGGCUUGCAAAUGAUGAUGAUGUUAUGCUGCUUGAUUGGGUAAAAGCUCUUCUAAAAGAGAAAAAGUUGGAAAUGCUGGUUGAUCCCGACCUGCAGAACAACUACAUUGACACUGAAGUAGAACAACUAAUCCAAGUAGCAUUGUUAUGCACCCAAGGCUCUCCAAUGGAACGGCCUAAGAUGUCAGAGGUUGUGAGAAUGCUUGAAGGUGAUGGACUAGCAGAAAGAUGGGAGGAGUGGCAAAAGGUUGAAGUGGUCCGCCAAGAGGCUGAUUUGGCCCCAUCACGAAGCUCCGAAUGGAUACUUGACUCCACUGAGAAUCUCCAUGCUGUAGAAUUGUCAGGUCCAAGAUGACGCUACCGGAGUGAUACAUCAGAAAAUUCUCAUUUGCUCUUUCUGUGUCUUUUGGAUAUCAUUUUCUUGCAGUUAUUGGUUCAUCAUUAAAAUCAUUAUAAUCCAAGUUGAAACUUUAUAAUUUUGUGUAUAUCAAUGUACCUAAUAGUGAUUGCCUAAUUCUCCUUAAUUUUGUAAUAUUUUACGUACUUUAAUAGCAAAAAUUUAUAUGUAUGCUGAGCAGUGAAAAAGUA